GUCACAUGCUCCAGCUACAGGGGGAGAAGCCGGAACCGGAGCAAGAGCAGCCGUAACGGGAGCAAAAACAGGCAUGAACAUAGAAAUGAAAUUCACAGGCAUAACCGGAUUAAGGCUUGAAGAAAUCCAUCUUCCCCAGCAUCUUCGUCUCGUUUUCAAACGGGAAAAGGGCACGAAGAUGCUCAUCAAGAUGGAUUUCUGCAAGGUCUAACUGGAGCAAGAGCAGCAGCCGCAGCAAUCAGAGCUAGGCGGGAAGGUGAAGCCGGACACGAUGAAGAAGAGGGAGAUAAUGGAGACGAGGGAGAAGGAUACGAGCGAGAAGAUCACCAGGAGAUGUUACGAACGCGGAGCAGGAUAUUUAAGUACUUAGAUCUAAUUGAACACAUUAAUCGUAAUUCUAAUUAUGACAUUUUUUCUACAUCAUACGUAGAGGUAGACCACCAAAUCCGAAACACCUCUACUACUUCUUCUAAACAUGCUCUUUGAUGAAGAAGGCGAUGAAGAUGAAGAACUACAGCACUUCUAUCCGGUGGAGGAUAUGAUCGAAGAAGAUACUGGUAAGCGCAUGAUUAGAGGAGAAGGUUCCGCCGGAUUGCACUUACCAGCAAGAGCACCAGCAAGAGGAAGAGGAAACGCGCCCGGCCAAGCCCAAGCGAAACAGCGGCCCGGUCAUUAAGGACUGAAUUAUUCGGAUGAGAAUCAGUCGGGUAGUCGUAGUGGGUCUGUGUAGUAAGUCAGCUCUGCUUUUAGGUCACCAGACUUGGCCAAAUAUACUGAUCUUCACCAUGAUCUCUAAAAAAGAGCACAAGCAGACGAGGGGGACAAAAGUGCAGUUUCUGUAGCUGCCAAGAGUGCAGCUGUACCGGCCAACAGUGCUGCACCAUCGGACAAAAGCGGCACAUCUACCCCAGCAGCACCACAGGGUCAGGGAGAAGGUACCGGAAGAAUGAGGCUACCAGCAAACCCAACAGCAAGGGCGGGAGGAGGAAACGUGCGUUCCCAAGUGAGGGCGCGUCAGGAUCGUUAAGGAUUGAAUCAGAAUGAGUCUGAGUGUACUUAAUUGGUUCUUCUAAGGAUUGAUAAAUGUAUGAGAACAAAUACUUAAGAGUUUGAUGAGUCGUGUGUGUACCUGGAGGUUGUACUUUUAUGUCAUGCGGUUCGUUAGGUAGUUAAGCUACAAGAGCUAUGACAUGGGGCGAACGGCGCAUGAUUUUAGUAGUAUUUUUUGACGAUAUUUUUGCUUUGGUUCUUGCUUGUGCUUGAGGUAGUUGGUUCGAGCUUUGUCAAGAACUCAUCAUCUCGUAGGAUGACACCGGAGUCUAUGAUCACAUCCAGAUUCGCCAUCUCUAAAUAAAAAGAACACCACCGAGGGAACCAACUGCAGCAGACGAGGACAGGAAAAGUGCUGCAUCGGACAAAAGUGCUGCAUCGGACAAAAGCGGCACAUCUACCCCAGCAGCACCACAGGGUCAGGGAGAAGGUACCGGAAAAAUGAGCCUACCAGCAAACCCAACAGCAAGGGCGGGAGGAGGAAACGUGCGUUCCCAAGUGAGGGCGCGUCAGGAUCGUUAAGGAUUGAAUCAGAAUGAGUCUGAGUGUAAUUGGUUCUUCUAAGGAUUGAUGAAUGAGAACAAAUAAGAGUUUGAUGAGUGUGUGUACUUGGAGGUUGUACUUUUAUGUCAUGCGGUUCGUUAAGCUUAAGCUACAAGAACUAUGACAUGGGGCGAACGGCGCAUGAUUUUAGUAGUAUUUGUGAUUCUGAUAGAUAUUUUUGAUGAUAUUUUAGCUUUGGUUCUUGCUUGAGCUUGUGCUUGAGGUAGUUGGUUCGAGCUUUGUCAAGAACUCAUCAUCUCGUAGGAUGACACCAGAGUCUAUGAUCACAUCCAGAUUCGCCAUCUCUAAAUAUAAAGAACACCACCGAGGGAACCAACUGCAGCAGACGAGGACAGGAAAAGUGCUGCAUCGGACAAAAGUGCUGCAUCGGACAAAAGCGGCACAUCUACCCCAGCAGCACCACAGGGUCAGGGAGAAGGUACCGGAAAAAUGAGCCUACCAGCAAACCCAACAGCAAGGGCGGGAGGAGGAAACGUGCGUUCCCAAGCGAGGGCGCGUCAGGAUCGUUAAGGAUUGAAUCAGAUUGAGUCUGAGUGUAAUUGGUUCUUCUAAGGAUUGAUGAAUGAGAACAAAUAAGAGUUUGAUGAGUGAUGUGUGUACUUGGAGGUUGUCUUUUUAUGUCAUGCGGUUCGUUAAGCUUAAGCUACAAGAACUAUGACAUGGGGCGAACGGCGCAUGAUUUUAGUAGUAUUUGUGAUUCUGAUAGAUAUUUUUGAUGAUAUUUUAGCUUUGGUUCUUGCUUGAGCUUGUGCUUGAGGUAGUUGGUUCGAGCUUUGUCAAGAACUCAUCAUCUCGUAGGAUGACACCAGAGUCUAUGAUCACAUCCAGAUUCGCCAUCUCUAAAUAUAAAGAACACCACCGAGGGAACCAACUGCAGCAGACGAGGACAGGAAAAGUGCUGCAUCGGACAAAAGUGCUGCAUCGGACAAAAGUGCUGCAUCGGACAAAAGUGUUGCAUCGGACAAAAGUGCUGCAUCGCACAAAAGUGCUGCAUCGGACAGUAGAAGUGAUAUCUCUGCUACCUCCCCAGCGCCACGACCACCACAGGGUCAAGGCUCCCCAGUGCCAGACCCACAGGCUCAAGGAAUCUUGGGUAACGCUAAUAAUAUUAAUAUGGCCUUAGACACAUCCAACAAGGCAAAGAACACGUCGCCAGGUCGUACCGGAGGUGCAAGGAAUCUUGGUGGAACUGGAAGUUAUGGCAAGAACAUACUUCUAGGCUAUCAACAUCAUUCAUAGGAGGUUUUAGUUAUAUUUUUGUAUGAUUGUGAACAAGUUGAUCUUGGCCGUAGAGCCGCGGACCUUCAACCUUGAACCUUGAUCUUGAUCAUCCACAACAUUAAGAACACGAACAGCAUGCCACAUCAUACCUAGCAAUCUAUCCCUAUGUAGUAAGUCUUAAAGAUUCCACCAGCUCCAGCACCACGCUCCUUUUACAAGAGAACAACUACAUCAAUUGCCAGCAAAUUAUUAGUAGAGCAAACAUUCUUCUGUUAUCAACUUUCUCAUCUACUAACUUACUGCAACUUGUUCGUCGCUGUAUAACUAAACUACCCUUUAGAAAAAUUAGAUGAAUCAAAAGCCUACUAGUCAUUCUGAAUCAGGACCAACAGGAACAGCCGAAAGACCCGCUUACAAUCCAACAACAAGCUCCCUUAGCGGGUGCCAGAAGUCGCCAGGCAAAUCUUCGGCAAAUUGCCGAAGCCUAUUCAAUAGAUUCACACCAUCAAAAAAAUAAUCUGAAUCGACUACAGGCACAGCUAGACUCUGCGCAACUUCAAAAACAAAAUACAACUCCAAAAAAAAAAUCUAAUGUCCAUCUCCACAUCAUCAACAAGUGACGUUAAGCCGAGGAGGAAGUAGUGGAGCGAACAGAAUAAAGGGAGUGGACGAGGCCUCCAGCAAAGUCGCAGCCGCGAUGGCAAUGGCGAACAUUGAGGACCCAGAAACAGGAGAACUUCAACCGUUCAUUGUUAUGUGAAAUUCAGCCAUUAGAAUUAGUGGUUAUGUUCUUGACGAGAGUAGGAGUAAAGGUAAAGGCAACCAACUACAUUCAUUGUUCUUGGAAGCAAUGAGAAAUUUUCUAAUGAUUCAUUCUGAGAUCAUCUGAGUCGACAAUAUUUUUCAUGUGAGUAUCGUAUUCUCAAUGUCAAUACUUCUACAUAUUUAUUCUAAUGAAAGGAGAAUCUCAGCAUUUCAAAGACGCGAUGUGAACCUAGCGACUUACAACAUUACCACAGGGGUCACUCCCUAUGGCGGCAAAAUACGGAGAUUCCUUCCGACGUAUCCGUCUGUUUCUGGAACACGGUAUUUUUUGAAUCAGAUAUUAUUUUGUUCUCUGACAACGGGGUUAGAUAACCUCCUGUGUCAUGCUUGCUUGCUAGUUAGAGGUAUUAAUUUGCAUUUGUGUCCUUGCAUUCGUUCAAUUUCAUCACCACGGCUUCUCACCUCCUUUUACAUUCUUGUCAUCCCUAAACUACAGUACGAGCGGCGACUAUUACGACGACGACGAGUACUACGACGAGGAAGAUGACGGAGAAGGCGGAGGAGGCCAAUUGUUUUACUCUGAGCGUGAAGGUCCUGGCCAAUUGAUGUUCUAUUCAGACGCAGUAGCUGGUGAUAAGAAGGCUGUGCCAUUGCCUUCUCGACCAGUUGCGAAAAAGGACACUUUUAGUAGUCAUCCUAAUCCUCGAGCUAACGUAGACGUGGAUGAUGAUGAUACGACCAAUUCCAAGAAGCAGAAAGAUUUGGUUUUGGAGCACGCGGAAAAUAAGAACUUUAUGGUGAAUAGCUACUACAUCACUAGUACGACAACUAAGGGCAGCAAGAAGCAGCGCGACUCGAAGCAGAAGGGUGCACACCAAGACCUAGUUAUUGGAGGUGAUUUCGCAGAUAUAAUUGACGAGGGAGACGGGGUCCCCCGUAAUUCUCAUUCUCAAGAUGAUGUAUGUGUAUCAGUGUCUGACACGACUGACAACCAGAACCAAGAAGAGAAAUCCGCGGAGGAGCUAGAGGAGAAAGAGGAAAACAAGCGUUUGCAGAUUUUGCUCGAAGACCAGGCGAGGCUUCGAGAACAGAUGACCAAGCUGGAUUUGAAGAUAAUGAACAAUUUGAAGCUAGUUCAAGAUGAAGACUCUCCUCCAGCUGUCGCGGAUGGAUCCUCAGAUCAGAAAGACGACCAUCAAGAUGAAGAGGAACGUUUUAUUCGUGAACCGUGUACAACACCGUCAAUUAUGGAUGAAGAAAGUAGUCUCUACAACUUGCAACAGUCAUCUGUGUCUUCUAGUCAGAACGCGCAGGGGGCAGGAACGUCAACAUCUUCCGCAACCUCAACUCAAAAGACCACUGGUUCUCCAUCUAGAAGAAGUAGGGAAUCUUCUACUUCUUCCAGAAAUAGAAGUAGUACUUCGAGAACUAGAACAACUCUAGUAGGCAAAAGCCGUCAGACUGUGGAACAUCAAGCAAGUAGUACUCGAAGUAGGAGCAUCAUGAAACAGGAGGCACCAUCUAGUACGUCGACCACAACUUCUUCUUACACUUACAUUCGUGGUGAAGAAGCUGGGGGUGAAGAAGCAAGAAAGGUACGUAUUCCUGCGCGUGGUCCACGUCCAGAGACAGCCUCAAAAGUCCUUCCACUAGAUGAUCAUCAGCAACAAGAAGAGAUUACAUCCGAAUACAAGUUUGCACCAUUGGGUCGAUAUGCAGCAGCAUCUACGAGCGUGGUUUCUGCGAAGCCUCAAUCUAGUGGCUCCAGUAGUAGAAGGACGACAUCUUCCGAUUCGAGAACUACAACUACUAGAAAUACUUCCACUAGAGCGGCACCGUCAAACAAGAAGAGCAGAACUGCUGCCCCGCAGCAGAAAAGUGGCCGAGCAGCUCCAGGCCCCUCUAGUAGUGCGUCUUCAUCUGCGUCCGCGGACAAAAAUAACAGACUAGCAGAAUCGUACCAAAGACUUCAACAGGCAAAGAAGCGGGUUGCAGCGGUUGCGCGUCGGUCCACUAAAACAGGUGCAGCAGGCAACGCCAAUUCUUUCGAGAAUACUAGUCUAGCUUCCAACUCGAAAAAUACCAGCAAGAAUACCAAUAGCACUUCCAGCACAACUAGAAGUAGAACGAGUAAUAGAGCAAAUCAGCAGGAACAACGUCAGAGUGGAAGGUCCUCUGCCAUAUUAGCUGCCUCGACGUCGUCUAGAAACAAAUCGUCAAUUACGACCUCAACUACGAUCUCCUCUUCUAUGAAACAGCGUGAAGGACAACAUAGUCAUAGAGACGAAGGCAGUAGUACUUCUCACGAGGAGUCGAGGACUUCGAAAUCGAAAGAAGACUACAAACGAUCUCGUCAGAUUGCCAAAGAGCAGGUCAGUGCAGCGACUUCGAGCCCGGAAGCCGGCUCGUUCGAAGCGCAAUUGCUAGAGCUUGAACGCGAGCUGUUGAAGAAUCGAGAAAUGCCAGAAGAUUCCGAAUUGACUGCAUCGCUUCAAGACAUUGCGUCGUCGCUUCGGUCGGCGUUGCAGAAUAGUGAAGAAUCACCGGAAGAUGGGAGUGCUUGAAGAUUAAGUACUUACCUACGUUAGAUAGUGGCACUAUUUAAUUAUUGUAACUAGUUUUCUAACCACUCUGAUCAAUAAUUCUUGUAGUUACCUCAACAUACAACCUUCACAAUCACGAUGGAUACCCACAACAACAUAUUACUAAAUCAAAAACAUUACGUCAAAAUUCAGAUUAAUGAUACUCAAAACUAUCAAACAUUACGUUAAAACUCAGAUCAAUAAUACUCAGACUCACAACAUCGAAGAAUUCUCAUUAACGAUCAUUAUUUAUUAUGAUACAAAGUCCAGCGUGAUCGACGCUCAAAGCACAUAAGAAAUGAAGGUCUUUGCUGAUGAAAUUCGAACCAAGUAGAUACAUAGCACUGGAACACGAACAGUUAUUUGCAUAAAUCUAUUUUCUCAUGCUUUUCAACACAUGAUCAAUCCAAGAUUUAGUAUGUUUGUGGAAAGAGAAUAAGUAAGAGGAUGUGAUAGAAGAACGAUCAUGAGUAUCGGUGACAUAUGUUUUGGGCUGGUGAGAUAAUCAAGAUAUUUUGCUGUAUCAUAGCCUACAGCUUGUUUAGCUGAAGCUUCUGCUACCUCUGUCAAGCCAGGGUGGUGCUGCUGACGGUGAACUCUCUCAUUUUUUGCGCAACGGACGUUUGACCCUGCCUGGCCAGGAGAAAGCUGAAGAAGUGCUCCCCUGACGGUUUGCGGCGCCGUAUAAGGUGUUCCGACUGACCCUCGCCUGGAUGACAAAUCGAGUAAUGAGCCCUUCGACUUUCGGUGUUUUUUCUUGG